AUGACAUCUGGACUAAUUAUUGACGAUCCUAGGUAUCAAAUUUGGCGUCCAAGCACCAAACCGUCUCCAGCGCCCAAGUCGCUCGACGAAGCGACUGUUCUCCCACUGGCAAAUGCAGGUAUUCUCAGCAUGCUCACCUACCACUGGCUGUCCCCAAUCAUGAAGCUUGGCUACCAACGAACGCUCCAAGCUACCGACCUCUGGAAGAUGGACCCAUCGCGUGAGUCGACGCUCCUGACGGAGAGAUUCGACGAAUCAUGGGCACGAAGGCGUGCUGUAGCAGACGAGUGGAAUGCACGGCUCGAAAAGGGAGAACUCUCGCCUUCAUUGCGUCUCAAGGUCACAUGGAUGCUCCGGUGGAUGUUUUGGAAAGGGAGGAGUGUCGACGAAAUGGAGAGGAGCUGGCGGCUCAAGGAUGGGAGGAAGCGUGCGUCCAUUGCUUGGGCACUGAACGAUGUGCUUGGGUGGGAAUUUUGGGUGGGCGGUAUCUUCAAAGUCGUGGGAGAUACGUCGCAGCUCAUGGGUCCCAUUAUCAUGAAGGCUCUUAUCAACUUUGGGACAGAACGAGCGACGGCUCGUGCCCACGGUCGUGAACCUCCAAACAUUGGUCGCGGUAUCGGGAUGGCACUGGGCCUUUUUCUCUUGACUAUUCUCAACAGUAUAUGCCAGCACCAAUUUUUCUGGCGUAGUAUGGCUUCAGGUCUUCUGGCGCGGACAGCUCUCGUUGGAUCACUCUACAAACGCGGGCUGUCUCUCACUCCACAUGAGCGGACGCUACAUCCCGCAUCAGCGCUUGUUAACCACAUGUCGACUGAUAUUUCUCGAGUAGAUUAUGCGGCUCAGUGGUUCCAUGCAGCAUGGACCGCACCCAUCCAAGUGGUCGUGUGCCUCAUUAUUCUGCUUGUUCAGAUGGGACCUACUGCGCUCGCAGGAUUCGCUCUCUUUAUUCUCAUUAUUCCUAUUCAAAAGAGCGCCAUGGCAUACCAGUUCAACGUCCGCAAGCGAAGCAUGAUCUGGACAGAUCUUCGUGCUAAGCUGCUGCAAGAGCUCCUUGGUGCGAUGCGCAUUAUCAAGUACUUUUGCUACGAGGUUCCAUAUUUGGAGCGAAUUUCGACCAUUCGCAAGAGCGAGCUCCGAGGAAUACGACGAAUUCUCAUUGCACGCGCGGCAAACGUGGCCAUUGCGUUCUCUCUGCCUGCCGUUGUUGCUAUACUUGGUCUUAUCACUUACGCACUUGCUGGAAGACCAUUUAUCCCUUCUAUCGUCUUUCCAUCACUUGCACUCUAUAACCUCCUCCGACAACCUCUUAUGUUCCUUCCACGCGCACUUUCCGCCACUGCCGAUGCGAAAAACGCGUUCGAGCGUCUCGAUGUUACGUUCACUGCCCAGCUCAUGAAGGAAGUAGCCCUUCCGAUCGAUCACACUCUAGAAAAUGCUAUAGAGGCAAAAGAUGUGACGUUUGAAUGGGAGCAAACACCCGAGCAGGCUGCAGGCGCCAGAGGAAAGGGUAAUGAGAAGAGACAUGGGAGGAAGAAAGACGAGAAGAAAGAUGCAGAAAAACGCACAGCGAGUGCUACGCCAACUUCGCAAACUCCGUUUUCGGUCAAGAACUUGACGAUGACAAUUCCUCGUGGACGAUUGUACGCCAUUGUGGGCCCUGUGGGAUCAGGGAAGACGUCAAUACUCUCUGGAUUGAUUGGAGAAAUGCGCACCACGAGUGGGAGCGUCAAAUUUGGUGGAAGUGUGGCAUAUUGCAGCCAGAUGGCAUGGAUUCAGAACGCAACAGUUAAAGACAAUGUUCUGUUUGGCCGAGACUACAACGAGGAGCGGUAUUGGAAUGCGAUUCGCAAUGCGUCGCUCAUGUCUGAUUUGGAGCUAUUACCGGAUGGGGAUCUCACCGAAAUCGGAGAGAAAGGAAUCAAUCUUUCUGGUGGGCAAAAGCAACGAGUGAACAUUGCUCGCGCGCUCUACUCCGACGCAGAUGUCGUACUCAUGGACGAUCCGUUGUCGGCCGUCGACGCACACGUCGGCAAGGCACUCUUUGACAAUGCCAUCCUGUCCCUGCGUAACCAAGGAAAAUCAGUCCUCCUCGUCACACAUGCCCUACACUUUGUCUCUCGAGCAGAUUACAUCUACACCAUCGAGAACGGACGCAUCUGUGAAGAGGGCAUGUACGACCAGUUGGUGGAAAAGGACGGUCCAUUUUCUCAACUCAUGAAGGAGUUUGGUGGUGAGAGCGUAGAGGAUACAGCUGGAGUCGACCCGGAUGUACUAGCGCAGGAACAACGUGAUAGUGAGGCUGUCACAGAUGGCGGAAAGGGAAGAUACCUGGUUUCGCAGGCUGUAGGAAAAGCAGCCGGAACGGGCAAGCUCGAAGGAAGGCUCAUCGUCUCCGAAAAACGAACAGUAGGAUCCAUUUCAUCUAAUGUCUAUAGAACGUAUGUAGGCGCAUCGAAAGGCUGGAUCACUCUACCAGUGGUGAUACUCGCAGCAGUUUUGAUGCAAGGCAUGCUUGUUGGCCCUGUACGGCUCUUUACUGACAUGAUUCUAGCAUCUCAGGUAAUGAACAACUAUACACUAGUCUGGUGGCAAGAGAACUCCUUUCAUUGGAAAGUUGGCUACUAUAUGGCACUCUAUACUGCGCUCGGUAUCAUACAAGCACUCUUCACUUUUGCGUUUGGAACAGCAAUGGGAUGGCAGUCUUAUCUCGCAUCAAGUAACCUUCACCGCACGUCUAUCAUCCGAGUAUUUCAUGCGCCAAUGUCCUUUUUCGACACGACACCUCUGGGCCGAAUUCUGGGAGUGUUUGGAAAGGAUAUCGAUACUGUCGACAAUCAACUCGCUGAGUCUAUGCGCAUGUUCGUCCUCGCAGUCGCCAACGUGCUUGGCUCCGUGAUUCUCAUCGCCAUAUUUCUAUACUACUUCCUCGCAGCUGUGGUUAUUAUCAGCCUUGGAUACCUCUACUUUGCCAACUAUUACAGAGAGAGUGCUCGAGAGCUCAAACGACUCGACUCUGCAUUGCGUUCGUUGCUCUAUAGCCACUUUGCCGAGAGUCUCUCGGGCCUGGCAACCAUCCGUGCAUAUGGCGAGACUCAGCGGUUCAUCAAGGACGACCAUUAUUUUAUCGACUUGGAGAAUCGUGCGCUGUUUCUUACAAUCACAAACCAGCGUUGGCUGUCGAUCCGGCUCGACUUUCUCGGUGGCCUGAUGGUACUUGCGGUCGGCAUCAUGUGCGCUGUGGGGAUCAAUGGAAUCUCGCCAGCACAGAUUGGUCUCGUGUUGUCGUAUACGACGGCUUUGACGCAGCUAUUUGGUAUGGUCACACGCCAAAGUGCAGAAGUCGAGAACAACCUAAACGCCGUAGAGCGUGUCGUACAAUACACGAGUGCGGAUAGGAUUCAACAAGAAGCGACGCACGAGCCUACCGACUAUCCUCUCCCCAAGGAUUGGCCAAUCAGAGGGAAACUCGAACUGGAGAAUGUUGUCAUGAGCUACAGACCUGGACUUCCUCCUGUACUCAAGGGCAUCUCGAUGAGCAUUGAGCACGGAGAGAAGAUUGGUGUCGUUGGUCGGACGGGUGCAGGAAAGACGUCGCUGCUCACGGCGCUCUACCGAUUGCAAGAGCCGACAUCGGGAACGAUAAAGUUGGACGGGAUUGACACGUCAAAACUCGGUCUACGCGACUUGAGAUCAAAGUUGGCGAUUAUCCCGCAGGAGCCGGUCCUCUUCCAAGGAACGAUUAGAACCAAUCUUGAUCCAUUUUCGCAAUACAGUGACGCACACCUGAACGACGCGCUUCGACGAGCGCAUUUGCUCGACUCGGAGCCGCUCCCCAAGGCAAAACAAGUUGCCAUCACGGAAACAGAAGGCGAUAGGGAGAAUGAGGAUGCUGGAGAGGUGACGAGUGCCACACCCCGCAAUCGAUUUUCACUCGACUCUGUCGUCGAUUCAGAGGGUGCGAAUUUCAGUGUCGGCGAGCGGUCGCUAUUGUCACUAGCACGUGCGCUCGUCAGGGAUACGAAGAUUAUCUGCCUAGAUGAGGCGACGGCGUCUGUGGAUCUAGUGACUGAUAAUCAAAUCCAAUAUACCAUUCAGACUGAAUUCAAGGACCGGACCUUGGUGUGCAUUGCGCAUCGACUCAGGACGAUUCUUUCCUAUGAUAGAAUAUGCGUGAUGGAGGCGGGUCGGAUCGUUGAAUUUGGACCGCCAGAAGUAUUGUUCGAAGAUGAGGCGGGUCUCUUCAGGGGUAUGUGUGACCGGUCAUCCAUUUCUGUCGACGACAUUCGCGCGGCGGUCAAGACACGAGAGUUGGCAAAGUAG